AGCCGCCUGCGUGCCGAGCCCGGUCAUGCCUCGGGAGGGGGGGGGAGCGGCCAGUCGGAUCCAGGCGGAGAUGCUGCAGCUGGACCUGAUCGAUGCCGGACAGAUCCCCGAAGACGACAUCCGACCCCCCGUGGACCCCAAACCGUUCCUGCCUCCAUCCAUGGACACCUACCGACCCAAGAGACCCGACCACCCUCAACCUCUUCCCACAGGCCCCGCGCACACAGGACACUUUGAAUAACAACUCUCUGGGGAAGAAGUACAGCUGGCAGGAAAGGGUGUCUCGCUCCUCCUCUCCACUGAAGACAGGGGAGACAACACCCUCCAAUGAACACGUAUGUCUAAGUGAUGAAGGGAACCCACCGGCUGUCACGCAGGAUCGUGGGACUUCUACAGACACCCCCUGCCGACGCCACAAUGCCUCCCAGGGUGCCAAUGACCCCUCUGGGCGCUCCUCCGCCCGAUCCCCCGCUUGGACCCUCACCGGGACCGCAUCCGCUACCAGACUGAUGUGCGACUGGAGCCCACGGAGGAAAUUUUCCUAACUCCUGUCCAGAGAUGUUCAGAUCCUCCAGAACCAGAAAGACCCUUCAUAUCACAGGCUGGACCCUGCCGAAUGUCCGUCAGCUCAGAUGCAGACGUUAAUGUCCGACCCCCCAAUUCAGGCAGGCAGCAGCUGUCUAUCAGUGAGGAAGAGGAGGAAGGAGAGGAUGGGGUGGGGUAUCUGGGUUGCCCUGGAAGAGCUGGUGGCCCUCGGGGACUACAGAGGUCAUCUGUCAGCUCAGACACCAGUGGACUAUCUUAUGACUCCGUCAAAUACACGUUGGUGGUUGAUGAUAAUGUACAGCUACAACUGGUCAGCCUGCGGCAGUGUUAUGCGGGGUACAGCGACGACAGCGACAGCGGUACCGUCUACGAUAAUUGUGUUUCCUCGCCCUAUGAGUCCGCCAUCGGCGAGGAAUAUGAAGAAGAGGAGGAGGAGCACGUGGGGGCAACCGGGAGGGAGGGGAACAGAGUCCGAAGGUCCAUGUGUCUCUCGGACACCUCUUCACCAGAUGCCGAUGUCUCCUACUCUAAAAAAUUCCUCAACGUCUUCAUGAAUGGACGGUCGCGAUGUACGAUUGCAGAUUCCUUCGGCUUGUUUUCGUGUCUGAUAAAUGGGGAGGAAAGAGAGCAGACGCAUCGAGCCGUCUUCAGGUUCAUGCCCCGCCACCCAGGGGAGCUAGAGCUGGAGGCAGAGGAUCCGCUUUAUGUGGAGGUCCAAGCUGAGGAUUACUGGUAUGAGGCGUAUAACAUGAGAACUGGGGAGAAAGGGAUCUUUCCUGCUUACUAUGCAGUCCAGGUGAUGAAGGAACCAGAUCACUUAGCAGAAACUCGAGCCUCUGAUUGGGUGGAUCAGUUUUGGGUGAAGUUCCUCGGUUCGGUGCAGGUUCCAUAUCACAAAGGGACUGACGUUCUCUGCACCGCCAUGCAAAAGAUUGCUAUGUCCCGUCGCCUUACAGUGCUGUCAAACCCGCCCUCAAGCUGCAUCCUGGAGAUCAGUCUGCGGGGGUUAAAGAUUGCAGUGCACGGGGAGGAUCCUCACGAUCAUAGCCAGGUGAACACAUGCAGCCAUUUCUUCCAGCUAAAGAAUAUUUCUUUCUGUGGCUACCACCCUAAGAACAGCAAAUAUUUUGGCUUCAUCACUAAGCAUCCUUCAGACCAUCGGUUUGCAUGUCAUGUAUUUGUCUCCGAGGAAUCUACCAAACCCCUGGCAGAAUCUGUCGGGAGAGCCUUCCAACAGUUUUACAAAGAGUUUGUGGAAUACACAUGUCCCACAGAAGAUAUAUAUCUGGAGUAG